AGUGGUAUAACGAGAAAAUACCGACGCAUUUAGCAUCAACAAUUUAGUACGUCGCUGAUAUCGAGCGCUGUUAGUCAUGUUACGUACCUACACGUAAAACGUUCAUUUAAUCAGUUUAAGCUAAGAUUAUUCAAUUGAAAAAUGGAUAAAUUGAAAGAUAUCAUCUCCAAGCCGAUCCAAACAGAACUUGUGUUUUUUGUCAACGGUAAAAAGGUUGUAGAAAGCUCCCCCGAUCCGGAAUGGACUCUGCUCUGGUAUUUGCGCAAAAAGCUCCACUUGACCGGUACAAAGUAUGGCUGCGGGGAAGGUGGCUGCGGCGCUUGCACUGUCAUGGUGUCCCAGUACUUACGAAAUGAAGAUCAUAUCAAACAUUACGCUGUUAACGCAUGCUUAACACCCGUUUGCGCAAUGCAUGGCUUAGCAGUCACCACAGUUGAAGGCAUUGGUUCUACACAUGAUCGACUACAUCCAGUUCAAGAGAGAAUAGCGAAAGCUCAUGGAUCACAGUGCGGGUUUUGCACUCCUGGUAUCGUAAUGUCCAUGUAUGCAUUAUUAAGAAAUAAAAUCAAAAUAGAUUAUAAUGAUCUAGAAACCGCAUUGCAAGGGAACCUUUGCAGGUGUACUGGGUAUAGACCUAUAAUUGAAGGUUUUAAAACGUUCACUGACGGAUGGGAGCAAAAUUAUGUUAAAAAUACACCGAGUUCGUGCGCCAUGGGUAAAGAUUGUUGCAAAUUGAAGACAAAAGAAAAGACAGAAAAUCGAAAUCUAUUUAACACAUCAGAAUUCCAGCCAUACAGUCCCUCACAGGAACCGAUAUUUCCUCCAGAACUCAAAAUCAAAGACGAUUAUACGCAACACAAUUUAUUAUUUAUAGGAGAAAACGUAACAUGGAUAAGACCAAAGUCGUUGCAGGAUUUACUAUUAUUAAAGAAAGAAUAUACAUACGGUAAAAUUAUUGCUGGAAAUACAGAAGUAGGAAUCGAGAUGAAGUUUAAAAACAAAAAAUAUCCUGUCUUAAUAUCUCCUAUGUUUAUAAAAGAAAUGAAUGUUUGUGUCACCUCGAAAUCUGGCGUGAAAAUAGGUGCAGCUGUUUCCUUGACUGAAACAAAUAAUUUCUUAAGCGAAGAGAUCUCAAGAAAUAAAGGAAAUGUCGAAAUCCUCGAAGCAAUACGAGAUAUGCUGCAUUGGUUCGCUGGAAAUCAAAUUCGAAACGUUGCGACUAUCGUAGGCAAUGUGAUAACAGCAAGUCCCAUAUCCGAUUUGAAUCCCAUAUUUUUAGCGAGUUCCUCAAAGCUUUACGUUUCAAGUUAUUUAAGAGAAGAAAGAGAAAUCACAAUUGACACCAAUUUCUUUGAAGGUUACCGUAAGGUGGCACUUAAGGAGGAUGAAGUUGUCACUGCUAUUGAAAUUCCAUUCACUAAAGAGAAACAAUUCUUUAAAGCAUACAAACAAGCCAGAAGAAGAGACGACGAUAUAUCAAUUGUUACAGCAGCUUUUAAUGUGGUUCUGGAAGAAAACAAUAAUUUAAUCAAAGAAGUAAAACUGUGCUUUGGUGGUAUGGCACCAACCACUAUUUGUGCAACGAAGUCCUCGCAAAAGAUUGUUGGCAUGCAAUGGAAUAAACAAUUAUUAAAUGUUGUUUUUGAGUCACUUAGUGGAGAAUUGGAAUUAGAUAAUUCCGCACCGGGUGGUAUGGCUGAAUACCGCAAAUCACUCUGUCUUAGUUUAUUUUUCCGUUUUUAUCUUUAUGUGUCUCAAAAAUUGAUAAAUGGGCUGACGUCAUCUAAGACUGAAAUUUGUGGAGUACAAGAAAUACGAUGUGGAGAGCCGAAAAGUUCACAAUGUUUCGAAAUUAAAAAUAAUGAUAGAAAGUCAUACGAUACUGUCGGUCAACCAAUUAUUCAUACUUCUGCUCUAAAGCAAGCUACUGGGGAAGCUAUUUAUUGUGAUGAUAUGCCUAUUAUUGAAGGGGAAUUGUAUUUAAGCUUGAUUUUCAGUGACAAAUCGUUUGCAAAAAUUAACACAGUGGACGCUUCUAAGGCCUUAUUAGAACCUGGGGUGGUAUCUUUUAUUUCUGCUAAAGAUUUACCAGACGAAUGUAACAAAAUGGGUUCCAUAUUUAAAGACGAGGAGAUAUUUUCAAGUCAAAUUGUUACAAGUCGGGCUUGUGUAAUUGGAGCUAUUAUUGCUAAAUCGGAAAGUGCGGCGAGGAAAGCUAAGCAAUUGGUCACUGUGACAUACGAGUCCCUAGAACCAACUGUUGUAUCCAUUGAAGACGCAAUAAAACACGAAUCAUUCUUUCCCGGACAUCCUAAAACACUAUCGAAAGGAAAUAUAAAGCAAGCAAUUGAGAACGCAAAAUACGUCCGAGAAGGAUAUAUUAGAAGUGCAGCUCAAGAACAUUUUUAUUUGGAAACAAUGUCAGCAUUUGCAGUAAGGAAAGAAGAUGAGUUGGAAAUAAUAGCAACUACUCAAAACCCAGCUGAAAUAGCACAUACAGUAUCUGAAACACUGCGCAUACCAAAUCAUAAAGUCGUCGCUAAAGUAAAAAGGGUCGGCGGUGGAUUUGGAGGAAAAGAAACUAGGGCAGCUGUGUUAGCUGUGCCUGUUGCCAUAGCUGCAUAUAAAUUAAAGAAGCCUGUAAGAGCUGUUUUAGAUAGGGAUGAAGAUAUGCAAGUCACGGGUUACAGGCAUCCAAUUCUAACAAAAUAUAAAGUAGCUUUCAAUGAUGACGGUAAAAUUUCUGGUGUCAUAUUCGAUGUUUAUGCCAAUGCUGGAAAUUGUAUGGAUAUAUCAUGUGCUAUGAUCGAGAGGGUGUUAUGCCAUUUGGACAAUUGUUAUAUAAUACCAAAUAUUGAAAUUAAUGCGUAUUUAUGCAAAACUAAUCUACCACCUAAUACUGCAUUUCGAGGAUUUGGAGCGCCAAAAGCAAUGCUUGCAGCCGAGUGCAUGAUAAGAGAUGUAGCUGCAACGUUACGUAAAGGUUAUGAAGAAAUAGUAAACCUUAACAUGUAUCAGGAAGGAGAUCGCACACAUUUUAACCAGGCGCUUACUUAUUGCACCUUAUCGAAAUGUUGGAAAGAGUGUAUCGAGUCUUCUAAUUAUUAUGAAAGAAAAGCUGCAAUUGAAGAAUUUAAUAGAUGUAAUCGAUGGAAAAAGAAAGGUAUUUCUUUAGUUCCAACAAAAUAUGGCAUAUCAUUCCAAACUGAUGUUUUAAAUCAAGGAGGUGCUUUACUACUUGUAUAUAACGAUGGUUCUAUUCUUUUAUCUAUCGGUGGAAUUGAAAUGGGACAAGGCCUUUUCACAAAAAUGACUCAAGUCGCCUCAAAAGCACUGGGCGUGGAUAUUAGUAAAAUACAUAUAAGUGAGAUGGCUACCGAUAAAGUUCCCAACAGUUCAGCAACAGCCGCUAGCAUAAGUUCAGAUCUAUACGGUAUGGCAAUUAUUGAUGCUUGUAACACUAUAAAACAAAGAUUAGAGCCAUACAGAAGACUAAAUGAGGAUGGUAAAUGGGAGGAUUGGGUUUUAGCGGCGUAUUUGGAUAGAGUUAGCUUAUCCGCAACCGGAUUUUAUGCUUUGCCAAAAAUUAAUUAUGACAGAAUCACAAAUUCUGGUGAUCUAUUUGAAUAUUUUACAUACGGUGUUGCAUGUUCUGAAGUUAUAAUUGAUUGUCUAACGGGUGAUCAUCAGGUGUUGAGAACUGAUAUUGUUAUGGAUUUAGGUGAGAGUUUAAAUCCAGCCAUUGAUAUAGGUCAGAUAGAAGGUGCUUUUAUGCAAGGAUAUGGAUUUUUUACGUUGGAAGAAAUGUUGUUUGCACCUACUGGAGAGGUGUUAACAAAGGGUCCUGGGACAUAUAAAAUUCCUGGUUUUUCUGACAUACCCAAGGAAUUUAAUGUGUCUUUAUUAAAAGGUGCGCCGAAUCCAAGAGCUGUUUAUUCUUCUAAGGCUGUUGGAGAACCGCCUCUUUUCUUGGCAGCUUCGGUUUUCUUCGCUAUUAAAGAGGCUAUAAAAGCAUACCGGGAAGAACAAGGAAUAUGUUCAGAAUUCGUUUUAGAAGCUCCAGCGACAUGUGCAAGGAUCAGAAUGGCGUGUGAAGAUAAAAUUACACAACAGGUCAAGCCAACUAUAAAAUCGGGUGGUCAACCUUGGAAUAUAUCGGUUUAACACAGCUAACCUUUGGUUUCUACUACCGAAACAUUGAUAUAUAAGUAUAUUGUCAUCCCUCUCGUACUCUUUGUAAAAAGUGAGAUAACAACAUUUUGUUUUGAUAUUUCGGUAAUGAAAACCCAUUACAUAAAUAAUCUUGGUGCUAUUUUUACUAAUCACUUCGUUACGUAAAAUUAAGUUAGAUUUCUAAGAGCUAUUCUUAAUGUGCAUUGAACUUAUUCAGUAUAUCAUAAGUUCGUCAAACUAGCCGUGUUAUUCUACAACAUCUGUGCUAGUAGGCAGUCUGUUUUUAAUAAGAAAUACCAAAGAUUAAAAGCAGUCUAUGAAGAAGCUUUUAAAAUACUCGCAUUUCGAUAUGAAUCUUUAUUAUAAAAAUAUAUGGAAUACAAAGUUAAAAGUAACAUUGAAGUUCUAGAUAUGGCAAGGAUCUUGUUAAAUUUUGUGGCUAAGGGACAUAAACUGUAAAAUAUAAAUAAGGUUCUUCAAUAAAAAUGACACAAAACAUUGACUGGUUGGACCAAAAGGUUGACGAUCGUCUAGCCACCGGUUUUGUUAAAAUGUAAAUCCCGAGUACAAACCGGUCGGGUAACUUCAAUUAGUAUUUCUACCAUAGAUUCUAAGGUUGUGAAAGAUUAUGUAAUUGUUACAUCAAAACAUCUACGUCACAAUAUAUUAAGUUCAUAUUAAUAAACAGGAUUACUGAAAAUAUUUGUAUACGUUAACUCUACGGAAAUAUUUUAUUAAAGGAUUA